AUGGCAAAACUUGCACUUUUUGCACUCACCUUCACGGCCAUUAUAGCAUUUUUGGAGGUUUCUGCCUAUAGAACCACCAUCAUCACCACUACCAUAGAAGACAACCGAGUUACACGACCGGUCGAUGGACUUGACAACCCCAUCAGCCAUCAUGACAACGGAAUGGUUGUAGUCUUUGACCACCUAGACAACCGCCAGGAGCAGUGCCGCAGCCAGAUCAUCCCAACCGAGCAGCUAAACCAUUGCCGGAUGCACCUCAAUCAGGGGAUCAUUUUCAACAAGAAAAUUAACAUGGUGGUGAACCAUCACGAGCAACACCUUCAAGAGUGCUGUAGCCAGCUAAAGAAUGUGAGUUCGACGUGCCAGUGCGAUGCAAUCCAGCAGGUGUUUGAUGAAGCCCGAGAAGAAGGUGGAUUAGACAACAUCCAACAAAUUGCGAGUAAAGCUCUGAGACUCCCCAUUGAAUGUACAUUAGAAGUCCAGGACUGCCUACUCGCGGUCCCAAGGGUUUAGUGAAGUUAUCAUUAAUGAAUUCGAUCGAUCACCAUUAAUAAAACACU